AUGGUGGUAGCUGAAGCAUUAAUUGUUGUGCUUUUGCCCCAAGUGGUGUGCAUGAUUCCCAGUGCUAAAUGCAGCAUCAGUGAGCCUCUGCCUGUUCUUCACCAGCAAUAUGAACCUGGAGACUUCAUCAUUGUAGGCAUCCUGUCUAAGAUCUACAUAUUCUAUGACAUGAUGGACUUCAGGGAAGCACCAUCUAGUAAUCUCUUUGAUGAAAUUCUUUAUUUUAGUGCAAGUUGGACCUAUCAUGCCUCACUGGAACUGCUUUCCUCACAAGACAGAUUCAUUCCUAAUUAUAACUGUGAUGUCCAGAACAGAGUAAUAGCAGUUAUUGGAGGACCAACCUCUGAAGUCUGUCUACACAUGGCUACCAUCCUGUCCCUCUAUAAGAUACCACAGCUUAUCUAUGGCUCAGCACCAGAGAUCACUGAAAAGACUCAUCAAGUUCUAUACCAACAGAUGUUUCCAAAUGUGGACCAUCAGUACAGUGGAAUUCUCCAGUUACUGAAGCAUUUCAGGUGGACAUGGAUUGGGGCAAUAUAUACGAAUAAUGAGAAUGGUGAAAGGUUUGCACAUGAUGUUGUUCCCAUGUUUUCCCAGAGAGGGAUUUGCUUUGCAUUUACUGCAAAGUUCCUCAGGAUGACUUAUUCAAAUAGUGUUGAUGAACUGUUAGAAGAAGCAAUGAAAACAUAUAAACUGAUUAUGACAAGCACAGCUAAUGUAGUGAUAAUUCAUGGUGAAAUUGAUGACAUGAUCCUUUUGAGAUGGUUUCCAUUCCUAUCCCAAACAGAAGGAAUACCAAUAUGGAGACAAGUUAGAGUGUGGGUUUUGACAGCCCAGAUGGAUUUCACAUCACUUCCUUUGUUAAGAAAUGAAAAAAUAGACUUCCUGCAUGGUGCUUUAUCUUUUGCAAUUCACUCAAAGGAAGUCUUGGGAUUCCAGGAAUUUCUUCAGAUGAGAAACCCUACCUUGGAAAAAAAAGAUAGCUUUAUCAAGGUCUUCUGGGAAAAUGCAUUUGAAUGCUCGUUUUCUAGCUCCAUGGCGGCUGGGGAAGACAGGGUGGUCACCUGUACAGGAGAAGAGAAACUGGAGACUCUUCCUACAUCUGUGUUUGAAAUGCAUAUGACUAGCCACAGUUACAGUGUCUACAAUGCAGUCUAUGUGGUGGCACAUGCUUUGGGUGAUCUCCUUUCAUCUACACUGAAUUACAGAGCAGGAAAGCAUGUAGCCCAACUGAACCUUAUGAAGCAAGAGCUGUGGGAGCUCAACCACUUUAUGAGAAGGAUCUCAUUCAACAAUAGUGCAGGGGAAAAAGUUUCCGUCAACCAAAAUGGAGAGUUAGAGACUGGAUUUAAUAUUAUAAACUGGAUCACUUUUCCAAACCAAUCUUUCCAAAGAGUCAGAGUUGGAGGGAUGGACCCCAUGAAUCCCCAGGAAGAAAUGUUCUCCUCUUCUGAGGAAUCUAUUGUGUGGCCAAGGAGAUUUAACCAGGCCCAGCCACUUUCUCAGUGUAAUAACAAAUGUCAUUCAGGAUAUAGUAAGAGCAAGUUAGAAGGGAAGCCAUUUUGCUGCUAUGAUUGUCUUCGAUGUCCAGAAGGAAAGAUUGCUAACCAGCAAGAUAUGGAUAUAUGCUUUCAAUGUCCAGAUGAUCAGUACCCAAAUAAGAACCAAAAUUUGUGUCUCCCCAAAGUUAUAACAUUCUUAAAGUAUGAAGAAACUUUGGGGACUGUUUUGACCAGUUCUGCUGUUUCCUUCUCUUUGGCCACAGCUGGAGUCUUUUGGAUCUUUAUUAAGCAUCACAACACUCCCAUAGUCAAAGCCAACAACCAGAGCCUCACAUAUGUUCUCCUUGUUUCUCUCAUGUUGUCUUUUCUUUGUACUUUGUUAUUCUUCGGAAAACCUGACAAGGUGACAUGUGUCCUUCGUCAAACUGCCUUUGGCAUCAUCUUUUCAGUGGCCAUUUCUUCUCUUUUGGCCAAAACCAUCAUUGUGGUUCUGGCUUUUAUGGCCACCAAACCUGGCUCCAGGAUGACCAAAUGGGUGGGGAAAAAACUAGCCAUGUCCAUAGUAUUUUGCUGCUCCUUUAUUCAAAGUAGUAUCUGUAUUAUAUGGCUGAUAAUCUCUCCUCCAUUCCCAGAUGUUGACAAAAACUCCUUGUCAAAAGAAAUCAUAUUGAAAUGUAAUGAAGGUUCAUUCUUUAUGUUCUACUGUGUCUUGGGCUUUAUGGGCUUUCUUGCGAUUAUCAGUUUCAUAGUGGCUUUCCUAGCAAGGAAGUUGCCUGAUACUUUCAAUGAAACCAAGUUUAUCACCUUCAGCAUGUUGGUCUUCUGCAGUGUCUGGUUGUCCUUUGUUCCAACAUACCUGAGCACUAAAGGGAAAUAUAUGGUGGCUGUGGAGAUCUUCUCCAUUGUAGUCUCUAGUGGGGGGUUACUGAUUUGUAUCUUUUCCCCCAAAUGUUAUAUUAUUGUUCUGAGGCCAGAUCUGAAUAACAAAGAACAUCUAAAAAACAAAACAACAGAGAAACAUAACAUGUGA